CUGCUGCCAUAAAUUGCUGCUGCCAACCACCCAGUCAGCCGGCAAGCCCUCCUGGCAGCUCUGGUCAUCUGUCUCCUUCCCACCCCCCAACGUUCUUCUUCUACUUUUAAUGGAGCCAUAUAUUUUAAGUGAGACCGUUGCUCCUGAUCAGCAGAGCUUUUCAAUAGUUUUCCUUUUUCUAGUUUUAUGUUUGGAUGUACCUUUCUGACAGCUGUUUUCACCAUCCUGGCAAACCUCUCUUUAUUGAAGUGUUUCUUUAUUUAGCUUCUCCUGCUUCUUCUAUCUCUUAUGUUUUUAUUUUUUAAUUACUUUCUUUCUCUUUUUUUAUUACACAUUUAGAAAACUGGAAUGUACCAGAAUCACACAAAAGACACCAACAACAACUGCAACAAAAGUCUUCUCUAUCAAUACAAGGAAAAGCUUCUCCAGGCUAUUAAAAGAAUCAAGCACGAGGUGGAUGAAUGCAAAGAAGCAGAAAGAGAGGCGUACAUAGACUCAGUUGAAGUCGAGAACGGUUUUGAUGCUCUGGAACGAGAAAUCAGAGCUGAAUUUCAAAACCUUCAUCGCUUCCUGGAGGAGGAAGAGUGUAAAGAUCUGGAGCGGCUGAGGAGGGAGAGACAGAAGCAGCUGAAGCAGCUGAAGGAGAGGGAGAAGAAAAUAGCCGCGCAAGGAAAAGACCUGGAGAACGCCAUCACAGUGCUCAACGGCAAAUUGGCUGAGGAGGACAGUCCCAAGCUGCUCAAAGAGAUUCAAGAUCUCACAAAAAGGUGUCAGGUGAGCUUUGUCCCUCCAGCCGAGGCGGACACGGAGGUUCGCUCAGGCCAGUUUGUCGGCCCCAUCCAGUACAGGAUAUGGAAGCACAUGAAAAGCUGUCUCUAUCCGGACAUUGCAUCUGUGACCUUUGACCCAGAGACAGCCCACCCCAGCCUGUCUCUGUCCCCGUCCUGCACUUCAGUUUGGUUCAAUGAGGACCAGAACACCUCAGAAGUCCAGCCCAAUCCACGACGGUUCUAUUAUUACUACUGUGUGCUGGGUCGGCCGGGCUUCACUACUGGUCGCCACUACUGGGAAGUGGAAGUGGGCAGCAAGACGGCGUGGAGGUUAGGAGUGGCGAGAGAAGACGUUCCCAGAGGGGAGAUGGCCGCCAGCGGCCCCUGCAGCGGGCUGUGGACGCUGGCCCUGAAGGGAGAAUCGGUCCUGGCCUGCACCGACCCAAAGCCUGUGAAAAUCAACGUGUCCCUGCGCCUCGUUCGGAUCGGAGUCUUCUUGGACUGUGAGAAAGAGGAGGUGACUUUCUAUAACGCUGUUAGCAUGGCGCCUAUUUACACCUUCUCCAUGGGAACUGUGAUGGUUCCUCUGUUUCCCUUCUACAACCCGUGUGACACCGAUGAUGGGAGGAACACGGCACCACUCAAGAUGUUUCAUCCUUUAAUUUAAAGUCCCACUCCUACAAUAUUUUCUUCGGUUGUAAAAUCUUUGAAUUAUGAUUAUGCAGUUUUUAGUAAAAAUCAAAAUAUCUAUGUUGUUUUUAAGACGUAUUUUCUGCAGAGCAGCAGGAACUCAUUUGAAAUUUGCCUCUGAGGUGUGGAACAGAAGUUAGCCUCAGCUAAUUUCCCAUCAGCCCGUGGUUGUUACAUGUUCUACCACUAGCUAAUAGCACCUCACAAGCUAACAUUAGCAUAAAAAAAACAGUAAGCAAUAUCAGAGCUAAGUUUUAAAUCAGAUGCCAGUUAAGAUAAACAAAGAUGUUUAUGGAUCUGUUUGUCUGCAAUUGGAUGCAUCAGAAUUGUUACAUAGACGCAAGACUUCGGCCCGUGGUAGUUGCUCCGUCACAAACCUGUGCAUUUUCAAACCGCUGGUUUUCAUCUGCUCCUCAUCCAUCACAGUUUGAAUAAAGAAAUACUCAGAAAUGCAGUUUUGAUCUUAAUUUCGUUUAUAUAUGUCCUCCAUCAUGACAAAAAAUGCUACAAUGACAUGUUAACCCUCUCAGAUCAAUGCUAACAACCUAUUUCUACCCAACAUUUUUUUCUGUUACUAAAACUUAAUUUGGCCCUGAGAGGGUUAAAAACACCAAAAACAAUAUUUUUAUUGGCGUGGGUCUUUAAGGAUAAUGUGUUAGAAUUGUUAAAAUGGCAAACUGAUUUUGAUUUUUUCUGAAUUUGUGGCUCCUGUAAAAAAAAUUCGGACUUAAAUGUAAAAACUCUGUCAACGAACAAUCAAUAUGGUCGAAUUUGAAAAAGUUGUCUCCACUCACUUUAGAUGAGGGUUUAAAAGGAUCUUCUGUCAUUUUGUUUCUGGUUUGUUUGACAAACUAACCGAGCCAGACGUGGAAUUUUAAAGCAAGGCAGCGCCAUGACCCGUAGCUAGAAAAGGCCUCUGAUU